AUGGCGGGCAUCUGGAGCGCUGUGCGAUGGUGGGACGAUUGGCAGUUGCGCAUCCUCGUCAUCGGCAGCCUGGGGUUCCAGUGGUUCCUCCUCCUGGCCGCCCCCAUGCGCAACUACAGCAUCCCUCGCUGGUUCAGGACGUGCAUCUGGCUCGCGUACAUCACCGCCGACGCCCUGGCCAUCUACGCCCUCGCCACCCUCUUCAACCGCCACGCCAGGGCGACGAGCACCGCCUGCAACUACUACGGGGCCAAGCUGAGCUCCCUGGAGGUGCUCUGGGCUCCCCUCCUCCUCAUCUACCUCGGCGGGAGGGAGGAGAUCACCGCCUACAACAUCGAGGACAACGAGCUCUGGACGCGGCACACCGUGACCCUCGUCUCGCAGGUCACCGUCGCCCUCUACGCCUUCUACAAGUCCUGGACCGGCGACAACGACAGGAAGCUGCUGCUGUCGGCGAUCCUGCUGUUCAUUGUUGGGAUCAUCAGCUUCUGCGAGAAGCCGUGGUCCCUCCGGAGAGCCAGCAUCAACCGGCUCGUCGCCAUGUCGUCGCUGAUGAAAGGGGAGAGGAGGAGCCCUACCGGAUGGCAAUGGUGCUUCACCAAGCUGGACGACAGGUACAAGUGCUGGAGAGCGAGGCCGCAGGGUACGGCACCGAUCCUGUCACAGGGAGACAAGGUCCAGAUGAUGCUGUCGGACCUGUCGCUGUACGCUGCUGAAGUUACCCUGGAGAUCCGAAAGAAGGGGACGACGGACCAGAAGAUUCUGGAGCCUCUGACAAUGGGCAAGCACAAGAUGAAGCCCUGGCUCCGUCAGGCGUUCGGGCUCAUCUACACCAGAGCCAACGUCAUCUUCACCCCUGCCUACUUGGCCUGCCACGUGUUGCUGGUCCCGUCCCUGUACAUCGCCGCCAUCAUGCUCUUCGCGACGAGCCACAAGCACGAGUACUACGUCACCGAUGUCAAGAUAACAUAUGCUCUCCUGUGCUUCACCGCGGUGCUCGACGUCUUCGGGCUCCUGAUCAGCGAGCUCAUGUACUGGCUCAUGUCAUCCCAAGCGAAAGUCCCGGCAUUGUGCGAGAACCUCCCGGGGUAUAACCUCAUCGACUCGGUGCUCCGGGUAGUGAGACCUCGCACGGGGCCGCUGCUCAAGAUCGCCAAGCGCAUGGGCUACAAGGAAGGCUACUUCCGCCAGCCCAAAGACAGGCUCUACAGCAGCGUGUCGGACUUCAUCACAGCAGAGCUGGUGAGCGCCUCCAGUAAAGUGGAGAACGUCGACUUCUCAAGCUACCGGAGCUUCACCAAGGAUUACUGGGCUUCACGUACAGCCCUCAGAGACGAAUGCCGGAGGAGGGGCGAGGUACGGCGUAGCCUUCGCCGGUCGCCGUUCGACGCGAGCGUGCUCCUCUGGCACAUCGCCACCGACAUCUGCUUCCGCUGCGGGCCUCCGAAGCACUUCGGCGAAAGGCCCCCGCGUGCCGAGGUGGUUCGCGAGGUGUGCACGGAGGCGAUCUCCAAUUACAUGGCGUACCUUCUGAAUUUCCAGCCGGAGAUGCUGAUGACUGGAAGCCGGCAGCACCUGUUCACUGAAGCCAUGAAGUACAUGGAGCGCAUCCUCGCGAAAGAUGGCAUCAAGCACAAGCUUGAAGACAAGCAGGAGCAGGAGCAGAAGCUAGAUGACGCGAGCUUACGGAGGAUCAAGGAGGAAGCGGCGGAGCUCGCGAGUGAUCCGAAGGGAAGGUACACUAUUGUACACGACGCUUGCAAACUCGCGGAGGAGCUGAUGGGCAUCGAGGAGGAGACCCGGUGGCACUUGAUGUACCGGGUGUGGGUGGGCAUGCUCUGCUACUCCGCCAGCAUGUGCAGGGGAUACCUGCACGCCAAGAGCUUGGGGGAAGGCGGGGAGUUCCUCUCCUACGUCUGGCUCAUCAUCUCGCUCACGGGGAGCAAGACCUUGGCGGACAAGCUUCAGAUGCCGGAGCCGGAACCAGAAGAGAUGGAGACGACGACGACGACGACUGCGCAAGAAGAGGGAAGACCAGCGGCUAGCAGCUGGGCCACGGAGACUGGAGAAGACGGGGUGGAUCGGCAUAAUUGUGGUUACAUUCCGCAGUUCCACACUUGA